GGCAACUGGUGACGCAUCGCAUCUUGGAACUAAAGGAGUAGACGUAUUUCCUGCGCGCCGCCGGAAGUGCUGGUGACUGCUGCUGGGCCUUUCAGGGACAUGUGAACAGUGAUCCACGAGUGCGGGCUGCGUUAAGAACAGCGAAACUAUUGGGCAACAUGAAUAUAGAGGUACCACCAAGCCAAAACCAGGAGUCAGUGGAUGAUCAACGCCAAGAGGGUGACUCUGAAGGCUUAGAGUUAGAUGACACUGCAGGCAGCUCAGAGCCCAGGCUGAGAGAGACCCCUGAGGACAUCUUAUUUGAAGCUGCUGUGAACACCCUUGCAUUUCACCCCAAUCAAGAUAUACUUGCUGCAGGAGAUGUGGAUGGAGAUGUGUUUGUGUAUUCCUAUUCCUGCUGGGAAGAUGGAAAUAAAGAGCUCUGGUCCUCAGGGCACCAUCUCAAAUCCUGCAGAGAUUCUGCAUUUACCAGCGAUGGCCAACAGCUUUUCACAGUAUCCAAAGACAAGUCAAUUCACAUUCUCAGCACGGAGGAGGGUAAACUGAUCAAGCGCAUCCCAAAAGCUCACGACUCUCCUUUAAACUGCUUGCUGUUGAUCGAUGAGAACCUUUUUGCCACAGGAGAUGACAAUGGGAUGCUGAAAGUCUGGGAUCUGCGUCGAGGCACGUCCUUUAUGGAGAUGAAGAACCACGAAGAGUACAUCAGUGACAUGGUCAUUGACGAGAACAAAAAGAUGCUGCUGACUGCCAGCGGAGAUGGAACUAUGGGAGUGUUUAAUAUAAAGAGACGCAGGUUUGAGCUGCUGUCAGAGUACCAAAGUGGAGACUUGACAUCUGUGUCUAUAAUGAAGAGAGGUAAGAAGGUGGUUUGUGGUUCCAACGAGGGGACGAUCUACCUGUUCAACUGGAAUGGCUUUGGGGCAACUAGCGAUCGCUUUGCAGUGAAAGCUGAAUCAAUUGAUUGCAUGGUACCCAUUACAGACAACAUUGUGUGCACUGGAUCUAUGGAUGGUGUCAUCAGGGCGAUUAAUAUCUUGCCUAAUCGAGUUGUUGGCACCGUGGGGCAACAUCCGGGUGAACCCAUUGAGCAGCUGGCAAAGUCUCGAGAUGGCAAAUUCUUGGCCAGCUGUGCCCAUGACCAAAAGGUGAAGUUCUGGGACAUGUCUUCACUUAGCUCCAUUGUAGUGGAUGUUUAUAGGAAACGUAAGAAGAACAAGCAGCUGCCUGCCUUGAGUCGGAAAGCCUUUGGUGGAGCAGAUGACUUUUUCUCUGAUCUCAGAGAAGAGACAGGAGAGGGGAAAAGUACGGGAGACCAGGAGGACAGCAAUGAAGAUGAAAGUGAUGAUUCAGACAGCGACUGAGCAGACAACUGAUGAAACCGCUCCGCAUUCUGUACUAUACAGUCUUAUUGGAAAUCGCUGUGCUACCCGGGAAAAAAUGUGCAUUAUUAACUCAGGCUAUCAGCCUAAAGACAAAGUUCACCUGGGUUUAGUCUCUCCAAAUAGCCAGAAAUGAAAUUCAUUUUAAGGAAUACUAUACCAUCUAAAUGAAGAAAACAUAAUUCUAAGCAACUUUACAAUAUUUCUAUGGUUUUUAAGUUAUUUGUAUUUGUAUUGCCAUUGAAAGCAGUGUCUGUCCCUGUCUAUUCUCUGCCCUGGUGGCUCAGACUACAAUGUAAGACAGAUGAUGAACAGACAUGUCUUCGCUGGGGAACCAAGACUGUUGCAACAUUGUUUAAAAAGUAACGACUGGGAGUUAAGCAAAUGCUACUUUCAAUAGCAACUUGUAUUUUUACAAAUAACUUUAAACGCUCUGAAAAUGUUUUAAUAAAUUUUUGGAAAGUUGGUUAGAAUUGUGUUUUUUCUUUUCUUUUUAUUUUGGGGUUGAUUUGCCGUUUAACCUGCAGAUAAUUUUUAAUAUAAUGUGUGCCCUAUUAAACAAUCUUACAAACUGACAUAUACGUAUGUCGCUAUUUUGUUAUGUUCUUCAUUGUCCCUUAGAGAUCACCUGACAGCUCAUAAUAACAGUAAGACAGAAAAUACUAACCAGAAGCUGGACUCAAGUGCAUAAAAAGGUAGCUUUUCUAUGGGGGAACAUGGCACAUACUAUUAUAAAUUAAUAGUUUUAUAAAAAUGCAUUAUUUAUAUGAAACAGUAUUUUACAUAUGGGACGUUAUAUUUUUAUAGAGCCCUGCAAUGUUCUGGAUUUGGUUUCCCUUUAUUUUUUGUUUACAAUAACUGUGCCAUAAUAGGGAAAGUGGAUUAGAAGAUGCAUCUCUGAAAUACCUUCUAUCAUAAAUGUGAUCCUGAGGAAAUAGCAGUGUGCAUUGCUGCAUGGUUAUCUAUAUGUUUUAAAUAAACUGAUUCAACCCUCUUA